CGACGAGUUUAGAUAAAUCCAGGUAUAUAACGCGUAAACUGGUGGGUUAAAAAAUUGAAAGUUUAUAAUGGAAGAGGGAGAUUGCACUGUUACAGUAGACGAGUGGGCGAAAUUGUGGAAAGAUGGCAAAACAGAUUUUCACAUUUCCGACCUUUGCCCGAUGUUUACUAAACACGUUGACAAACUGUUAAACAAUCGUAAAAAGGUUAAAACGUUCGUUCCUCUCUGUGGAAAAGCUGUAGAAAUGAAAUGGCUUUGGGAAAAAGGACACGAAGUGGUCGGAAUCGAAUGUGGAGAGGAAGCAUUGAAAGAAUUCUUUGAAGAAAACAAAAUAGUAUACAGUAUUGUAGAAGUUCCGGCUGUUAAAGGGAAAUUAUAUAAAAGUGAUGAUGGAAGAAUACGGCUAUAUUGCUGUGAUUUUUAUUUGUUUAACUCAGCUAUUGAAAGUGAAUUUGGAGCAAUUUGGGAUAGCGGUGCUCUAAAUGCCAUCAACGCCACUGACCAAGAAAAGUAUGUUGCUAUAAUCAAAUCGCUUAUGGGAAAUAAAUGCGUGAAUCUCACUGUUAUUGACGACGCUACGGAAUGGGAAAUUCCCGUUAAUUUUGACAAAAUGAAGACCUUUUUCAAAGACGGGUUCAGUGUGGAAGCAAAUGAUUAUGUGGAAGGAGACGAAAAACUAAAAUCUUUUGGUAUUAAGGGACAACAACUGUACACUAUAUCUAGACUAUAAAUAUGUAUUUUGUCAAUUAAAAUCAAGUCAAAUACAAAUCAAAUAAAUAUUAAAUCAAAGCACAUCAUGUUUUAUUUAUUUCAUGAAAACACAAUAAAGAAUAAAUACUCUUAA